AUGACUAUGCUAGGUGGUCAAACUCAUGCAUUGGUAUACACCAUAACCGGUGAGGAAUGUGAUAUACAAGAAGACGAUGAUGAAGGAGAUGAACACGACCCUGAAAAGUUAAUUCUAAAAUCAAAGGAUCCAGAGUCCUGGUACAUGUUAAUUAAAACAAAAACUGGUUCUCUUCCCGAGGAGGUUAAGACCUUUGUCUCUCGUAUUCUUAGAGACAUCCAAGACCCUAAAGAGGGAACAAUUGAUGGAUAUCUUAGCACUGCCGCUGCUGCUUACAUCCAAUAUGAUCACUAUGACUGUUUCCAAUGUAGUCGCGUUGCAAAUGCGCUAGCCAUUGGACGGAAUAAAUGUUCGCGAAUCACUCGGAAUUAG